UCAGAAGCUGCUGAGGGUCCAUCCAGUAUCAGAAGCUGCUGAGGGUGCAUCCAACAUGUGAAGAAGUUCCUGGGAGUGGAAGCAAGACGUGAGUUUGGUGUGAAGAAUGUCUUCCUGUCCUGGCAUGAAGGAGCUGGAGCUGCCGGACCCUCUCUACAUCUCCAUGGAGGUGCUGGUGGCUCUGGCCGCUGUGCUGGGCAACGUUCUGGUGGUGCUGGUGGUGUGGCUGAACCGGGCCCUGCGCAACACCACCUUCUGCUUCAUGGUGUCCCUGGCGCUGGCUGACAUCUCGGUGGGGGUUCUGGUGAUCCCUCUGGCCAUCACCAUCAGCCUGGACAUCUGCACCAGCUUCUACACCUGCCUCUUGCUCUGCUGCCUGGUGGUCAUCAUCACGCAGAGCUCCAUCCUCUCGCUGCUCGCCAUCGCCGUCGACCGCUACCUGAGGGUGAAGAUUCCCACCAGGUGA